AUAUAGGCAGACCUGCUGAAGCAUCAGCUAGUGAGCAGUCAUUGCACCACGUCUAACCCGUUGUGGGGCUGCCGCGCGCGGGGCGUGCACCAUCAGUUUGUGAAACGUGACUCAAAAUGGUCGCUAUAGGCAAGAGCGUUAGUGUUUCAGGGUUGCUAGUGUUUGGCACAACAACAUCAUUGCUUGCAAAGAUUGUGUAUGAGCUCAAGAGCGUCGGCAAGGAUGGCGAGGAGAAGUACUUUCGCAAGCCCUGGGCCAUGACAACGCUCAUGUUCCUAGGCAUGUCGUUUUGCCUGCCGCUGGCCUACUACCAGGAGCGGCAGGCGCGGAAGGCGCGCCGGGAGUCUGGGGUGGAGGACCCCCUGCUGGAGGCCGGCUCCGAGUCGGGCGGCGGCUCCAAGCGCUCGGCACUGCGCGAGGUGGCGCUGCUGGCGCUGCCCACGGCCUUCGACCUGGUGGCCACGGUGCUCAUGAACGUGGGCCUGCUCUACGUCACCGCCUCGGUGUACCAGAUGAUGCGCGGCGCCGAGAUGCUGUUCGCCGCCGCCUUCGCCAUCACCUUCCUGGGCCGCCGCCUCAACCGCUUCCACGCCAUGGGCAUUGUGUGCUGCGUGGUGGGCAUCUCGCUGGUGGGCACCAGCAGCAUCCUGAGCGGCGAGGGCAGCCGCACGCACGUGGUGUCCACGCAGCAGAUGCUCAUGGGCAUGGGGCUCAUCAUCACCAGCCAGGCCGUCCAAGCGGCGCAGCUGACGUUUGAGGACUUCUUCAUGGCCGACCUGAACAUCCCCGGAGUCAAGAUCGUGGGCUUCGAGGGCGUCAUUGGCGCCGCCGCCACACUGGGGCUGCUCAUGCCCAUCGCCUACUUCCUGCCGGGCCCCGAGGGUGAGGGCAUCCACGAGGACAUGGCGGACACGUGGGCGAUGAUCCGCAACAGCCGCGCGCUGCAGGCCGUACUGCUGGUGGACGCCGCCGCGCUGCUGCUGUACAACGUGGCCGGCAUGGCGGUGACGGGGCACCUGGGCGCCGUGUUCCGCACAGUGCUGGAGACCAUGCGCACGCUGUUCGUGUGGCUGGGCCAGGGUGUGUGUGGCGCGGGACAGGCCUGAUGGGGUUGGGGCCGGGUCUGACGCCACAGCAGUCGGGACCCCGAGCACCCGUCCCG